CCUGGGCGGACUCUACUCUUCUCUUCCCAUCACGAUGCCUCCAAAACGCACCAAGAAGACUCCAGCAGUUCCAGAGGUCCAGGGCAAACUCAACUUCCAGCGCCUCCCGAAGCCACAGACUACCGUCUCGCCCCUCGUUCAAGUACUCUCCCAGUAUGAGCUCAUGAUCAUGGUCACCGAUCAGCUCUCUUCGGCCGACAUCAUCCACCUCACCGCAACCUGCAAGGAAAUCAAGAUGUACCUUACCGACGACAAGACUAUCUACUCCAGCAUCACGCGACGAGCCAAUUGUGACGCCAAGGGCAUCGAAGCCAGAGCAAAGUGCUUUGGUCACUGGAACGGCGAUGUCACGAAGGCCGAUGCCCAGUGCGGAGGUUCUGACUGUCAGCCCUGUGAUGGCUGCAGCGCCAUGGUCUGCAAUUGCCGCUUCCAUAUCAUCUACAUGAUCAAUUCACCCUGUUGCCGGAAAGAUGCCGCACACUGGGAAAGCCACGAAGCCGACUAUGCAGAAGACCUCGAAGCUGUACGCCGUUGCCACGCUGAUCAUUGUGACGAAUGCCCUGAAUUCCACUCGGGCAACUUCCCCAUCGAAAGCAUCCGAGCUGCUCACCUGGCUGGUGAGGCUCGUGAACGCCGCUACUGCUCGACAUGCAAGCCACACCUGCAAGAUGAAGAGGGACUAUUCUCCGAACAUCUCUUUGACAUCCUCAGCAUUUGUGAUGAUUACGAUGAUUGGUGUUGCUGCGACUUGGCCAAUCGAUUCAUCGAGAAUAGCUGGCUCUGCAUUCCUUGUUUCAUCAAACAGGAGGCGGAGGCCUAUAGCCACCGUCUCAAAAGAGAGGUCUACAAGUGUGAGAAGCAGAAAGGCGAAGAAGAGAGGAUCAGGAAGCAUGUCAAGACUUAUCUUUGCGACUGCGGUCGUGUUGCUGACAUUCGAUACCUGGUCUACUGCAGAUGGUGUGACGAAAUCAUCCAGACUCCUGAGGUGGACGCGCUUCUCAACGGAUAUCUG